AUGGGUGCAGCUUUGGCUGCAGUUGCUGGAAGUGUCAUUGGUGCAACAAACGCAUUUCCUGUUUCAAACAUGAAGCUAAUCACAUUUGGUGAACCUCGAGUUGGCGAUCAUGAAUUUAUGGCUGCUCACGAUAAUCUGGUAAAAUAUACUUCUUUAUUAAAAUACCAUUACCGGAUAACACAUGGUCGUGACAUUGUGACACAUAUACCCCCGAAGGAUUUCUUGGGAUACUUCCAUCAUCGUUAUGAGGUGUGGUACGACAACGACAUGAACAAAGGCGACACUUAUGUUACCUGCUUAUCGCCAGAAGAAAAGCUAUGCUCAGACCAAAAUUGGAUACAGCUCUCCACCAAAGAUCAUCAGUUCUACUUUGGCAUUGACGUCUUAGAUUUAAUUAACAAUGGCUGCAGAAAUUAA